AUGGUGAAGGCCCAGCGCGACUCACUUGUCGCUCCCGACCUCCCUACAAACCGUGUAGGAAAGUAUGGAUAUGUGCGAAAACAAAAGGACGAAAGAAAGGAAGAAAAGGAUUUGAGGAACGGAAAAGUACAGUAUGGAUUGACGACGAGUGGAAAAUGGGAGCAGAAGCUGACAAAAAUUCACGUAGCUAAAAAUAAAGGAGAAAGGAGUUCUGCUAUGGAUAACGUGUGA